GAGAUCCUAACAGCUUCUCAAACAUCACUGGAAUCAAAAGCCCAGGCAGAAAAAUUGCUGCAAGAGCAGAGGGCCCAGAAAGUUCCAGAAAUUGCAGCCCAACGCCUUCGACUGGAACAUCACCUCUCGAUUCAGUUCAUCGAACUCCACCAGUGGCUCCAGGAGAAGGAGGCGGCAAUGAGGAGGGAGAUCCGGCAUGAGGAAGAGCUGCUUCUCAGCGAACUGGAAAGGAACCAACGUAACGGGCAAGAGCAAAUCCGAGUGGCUGAGGAGCAGGUGGCCAAGAUCCAAGCCCGGCUUAAGGAGCAGCAGGACCCUGAAAACUUCCUUAAGGACAUCAAAGCCUUCAUGGAAAAGUACUGCCCCAGUGAGGAAAAAGGCUCACCACUGCCUGUGGUCUCCCGUGAUUUCAACCUGGGCCAGUUUAAGGGGCCUAUUCAGUUCACCGUAUGGAAAGAGAUGCUGCCGGCCCUGAGACCUUCUCCCUGCCAUGUGACCUUGGAUCCUGCCACCAACCACCCCAACCUUGUGCUCUCCAGGGACCUUGAGAGUGUCCGUCUGGAGGACAACCCGGAGGAAGAGGUCCCGGAUGGGCCCGAAAGGUUCAGCAAGUCGGUGUGUGUGCUGGGAGCCCAGGGCUUUACCUCAGGACGCCAUUACUGGGAGGUGGAAGUGGGGGAUAAAACCAGCUGGGACAUUGGAGUGGCCGCGGAGUCCGUCAACAGAAAGGAAGCAAAAGUGAAAGUCAAGCCCAGCCAUGGCUUCUGGGCCAUCUGGCUGCGGAAUGGCAGUGAAUACAAGGCCCUCGACUCUCCCUCCAAGCAGCUCUCCCUCAAAAUCAGGCCCCAGAAAGUGGGAGUCUACCUGGAUUACGAAGGGGGACAGGUCUCCUUUUAUGACGCUGACACCAUGGCUCACAUCUACACCUUUUCAGAGGUCUUCUUAGAGCGCCUCUACCCCAUGUUCAGCCCCGGGGUCAAUAAAGAUGGGCUCAAUGCGGAGCCCCUCCGCCUUGUGUCUCCACGGGCAUAGCAAGAACUGUGUGUCAGAGUUCAUCAGACCUUGCUUUGACUUUAUUUCAGAGGCAAAUAGCAUGGGCAUGGCUAACAUCUCACCUUGCUGAAGCAAAAUUCUGCCUUAAUAUCCAGACUGCAUACAAAUGGCUAUUUCCCUGGCUAGUUUUUCUGA